AAUUGCCCUUGCCUUCAUACUGUACACACAAUAUAUAAAUCCCUCUCUUCUUCUCAUAAACCCCUAUUUUUUUUCUCACUCUAACACUCUGUUUUUCUCUCUAGAAAGGAACCGGAGCAGAAGAAUUAUUAUCAAGAAUAAUUAAGCUCCGGUAUAAUUCUUCGUUGUUUAAUCAGGAAAUAGGAUUCUAUAUAAUAAAAAAUGCAGAGAGAAAUCUCCAGCGACUAUAAUUUUGUCGGGUCACUCUAUUCCUCAAAUUUCCUGUCAAGUGGUUCACCUUUUCUCGAUUAUGUGACUGCCGAUUCCAAUUCCCCUUCAAGCAUUAUCAAUUCUCAGCCGAAUGAUGAUGACAUGUUACUGAGUUCAUGCUUGCCUCGCUCUCAUCAGAUUCAGCUACAGCAUCAGGACCUAAUCGACCGGCACCAUGCGGUGCUCUCACACCUCCACAAGACGGCAAAGCAAAUCCAGUCCCUUCGCCAGGACAAUGUCAACCUCAAAAUGGCUAACAUCGACUUGAACCACCGCCUGAAUUUGUUGCUCGGUGCCACUUCAUCAUUUGGGCUGUCGGGUCUGGAUCCAGGUUCCAGUUCUGGUUGGGGUCCUGUUGUGGAUGGGUUGGGGAAGAUGAGUUUGGGAGGUGAAGAUGGACGGGGUGGAGAAGAGGAGUGGGACAAUGAAAUGACGGCUGCAUUAUCUGAAGGUCUUAGUGAGAGUCCGAAGAGUGUGGUGGAUUUGGGUCGGGUUGGAGGGAGUGGGGAAGAGCGAGUUUCGUUGCCAAAAAGUAUUUCAGUUCGGUCCAGUGGAUAUCUGAAGACGGUUCGUGCUGUUGGGAUGAGCAGUGGAGGAGUUCAGGCUAAAGCAUUGGACCGGAGCAAGACGCAAAGAGUGUAUGUGAAUGGGGGGAAGAAAGCAGAGGAAGCUCUUGAACUGGAGGUGUAUAAUCAGGGCAUGCUCAAGACUGAGCUAUGCAACAAAUGGCAACAGACAGGUACGUGCCCGUAUGGAGACCACUGCCAGUUUGCUCAUGGCAUUGAGGAGCUCCGGCCAGUCCUUCGACACCCUCGCUACAAGACUGAGGUGUGCCGAAUGGUCCUCAGUGGUGACCAUUGCCCUUAUGGCCACCGCUGCCACUUCCGCCAUGCCCUCACUGACCAGGAGAAAUUCAUGAGAUCAAUGAAUACCAGGUCACUCAAGCCUCUGAACUAUCGGUAACAUCUUCAGAUUAUCGUAGUUAUAUGAUACAACCCUCCAAAUAAUGGGAAAACUUCCAAAAGUUGGCUGUUGUAAGUACAAUAAUUGUAUCGUAAAUAGCUAAAAUGUACUUCGACAAUUUUGUGCCUCCUUUACGUUAGACAUGGUAUAUGAUUGUCAUAGCCCAGUAAACUCUUUUUGUAACGAUACAAUGAUGUUUGGUUUGGCUAAGCAACUUAUGAUUGUCCUGUUCA